ACUGUACCUUACUUUACCUUACCUCACCUUUAGGUCCCGCGCUUGUGCCGCGCGCUCGCUGUCACGAUGGCCACCAAUAUGGACGAAACAACUCUUUCUACGCUCGAUUUGUUGGAAUCGCGGCUUCUCCGUAUCGAGCAUCUCCUCUAUGGCCAGAACCAAUCACCAGCGCUGGCUCAAGACCAGUCGGCGGCUAGCCAUCUCAACAAGCUCGAGCGACGUUUCUCGAUGCUCCUGUCCGAUGUCCGCGUUUACCACGAGCUCAUGAAGAUCUGUACGUAUCAGGAAUAUUUUGAAGUCUCAAUCCAUACUAAACCCCUGUUAGACAGAGCUCACCCCGAUUUCUUUCAUUCGGCCGACCCAUCAGAGCCACCAUCACAGCUGGACAUCGAUGCACUCCAAUCCAUUGUUCUAGCCUCAGCGUCCGCCUUUCCUGCGACUCUAUCGUCCCUUACCGCAAUCAAAGACAGUCCAAUUCCAGAUCCUGCGGAUAGCGCAGCGCUUGUGGCAUUGCAGGAUAGAAUGACAGCAAUCGAAGCAACUCAAAUCGCACAAGCUGCUGAAAUGGCCGACCUUCGACAAAGGAGCGAAAUUGCGGUUCGUUCCUGGUAUGAAACAGGUAUUCUCGAUAACUCGAAAACGAUGGCCAAUCUCGAGUCUCGAGUGAAGGUUGUUGAGCGCCAGGUGAGGAGGACAGAGCGAGAGUUGGAGGCUGAAGAAGAGCUAUGAAAACAUAUUUAAAGAUACCCUUGAAAUUAAGAAAUUGGUUGGCUUAGAUCUGUUAGUUUGGGCAAGUAGAAGUACAUACAAAGCAUACGUAUGGCCUGCCCCGGUGGCCCAAUAUAUUCACUCAAUAAUGCAUUCGAGUUCGACAUCGGCAAGUCAGAUAUUUAGCUAUUUGAUUCGGCUGACCUCUUUUUCGAAGCCAGCCUGGAGCAAGGGGUUUUGCAGGACAUGAUUACAGGUGAGGCUGAACUGUAUCGACUCAUUGUUUGUACUUGAGAUCUCAUUGAGAAGAAAUCGAGUCUUGAUUCCCCCUCGAUAUUGCAACAAAUUACACUCAGAUCGGCCAUAGGAUCGUUCUUAAAAGUCCCACCUAUGAUGCCAAUACCAAUCCUAGACCAGAGCAAUUCUCAUGAACAUCGC